AUGCGGCUGAUGCUGGAACAGGAACAGAAAUACAUCAGGGAUUUGCGCAAUGAACUCUGCAAAGUCCCCGAUGUACGAAAACAGACGCAGCUCGAGUCCGCCGAAUUGAGGUGUUCCAAACUCAAGCAACAAAUAGACGCCGUUUCCGCUUCACAGACUGAUAAUCGAUCGAGUUUGCCCGUACUGCAUAUGCGGAGUAGAUCUUCACCGGAACAAUUAGAAAUAGAAUCACCUAGACCGUUACCGCCCACUCCUGUGCCGGCGCCGGCGAUGUGUGUGGACCAGCCGUGGACGCGUGGCACCCCGCCCCCCGGCACCCCUCCCCCGCCAUACGCACAUAAUACACAGCCUUGUGCCGACCCUCAACGAGCGAUCAUCUCGAUGGAAGAAGACGAUUCACCGGCAUCGGAUAACUCUACGUACUCUGGUUUGUUUUCGAACUUGCGCUCGGUGCGAGAAUCGCGCGCGCGCACCGCUGUACUACUCAAUUGGUUGUUGGGUGAAAGGAGGUGUGCGUGCGCUAAUCUGCUUCUGAUACUGACGGAUGGAUACCGUAACGCGGCCGGCGUUUCUAACGCAACCCUGCGUCGUUGGGCAUACGAGAUACAAUCGACUUUCCUCAUACCUUCUGCGGUUUUACAAUUGAAUGGCGUCGAUGAGAACAUGGCGAACGAAAUCGAACAUGUAUUAGUUAAUGAAUAUGAAAAAGAGGAACUCCUUCGCAACGUGUUCCGUAAAGCGCGACAGAAAGCCAAAGAUGAAUUGAGUCAGCAGCUGAGCGAGUUCCAAGUAAAGAGGCAAGUCGGUCUCGGAACCCUGUAUGGACCGGAGGAUUCGUUGCUCGAGAAAUGCGACGUAGACAAGGCACAGGAACUUGUGGUAGUUGAGAGGCUACUAUGUCAAAGGUUGACGAGUAUCUCGCGUGGGGAGUGGGGGGCGGUGGGCGGAUGCGGCUGCGCAUCCCCCGAAGCUCACGCCGCGCUCCUGGCCGCGCUAGUGGCCUGCGCGCUAUGUCUACACUGUAGGCCGGCGAGUGUGGCGGCGGCGGUGGGCGGUUCGCGAGCGGCGUUUCUACAACGAGACAAACUUUAUAAACAACGACUCAAGCAGUUAGCCAAACAGCAUCCGCAACCGUACGUGGUUCGCGGUCACCACUUACAACUGCAAGCGCUGACUUCGGUGGCUCACUGUCAUCACUGUGAUCACGUGAUAUGGGGGCUUGCGCCGCAAGCUGUCGUAUGUACAGAUUGCAAGUUGCGAGUGCACCGUUCGUGUGCGCGGCACGUGGAGGAAGGCUGCUGUUUAGAUGGUGACCAUCACAACAAUAGGAUAUCACGUUUCAUGGACCGGAUACACAACCCCGCCAACAAUCUGGAUUCUAGCGACAAGAAAUCGAGAAAAGCAUCGAGCACGGGUCACUUUCUCAACAUGGAAAGGAGUUUUCGUAAGCAAGAGGACGAACAGCCGUGGGACCAGACAUUAACCCCUGCAUCAUCAAUAGGUGAGUGCAAUUUUAUUAUCACUAUUGAAUAUAAUAUAGGAUACCGUUUAAACAAUUUUGCGUUGCUGAAUUUUGCGUAUUUGACAUUAGUUAACUGUUUUAAUAGUUUGAGAAGAUAG